AUACAAAAAUAUUUAUGAAUAAAAUGAUAUGACGCCUGGGUUUUGCCUCAAAACGAUGGUGGGGGAGGAAUGUAGAUGAAAUAAAAUUGAUUAUGAGUUGCGGUUGCUGAGGAAUCGGGGUCACGGGGGUUCAUUGAACCUCCUAUCAGAUGUGGUCCAGAAGCCUCAGAUCUGGGAGCUGGCUAGAAAUGCAGACUCUCGGCUCCACCCCGGACCUACUGAGUCAGGAUCCGUAUUUUAAUCAAAUAAAAUGCCCAGGGGAUUCCUGAGCACACUGAGUGUGAGAAGCGCUGGCUUACUCUGUUCACUUCUUUUCUGCAUGUUUGACAUUUUCCAUAAUUAAGAGGUUGUGGGGUUUUGUUUUGCUUUCCUGUGUCUUCACAGUCACGAGGAGCUCUUCCUACGGAGACCAGGGCUGGAGGGAGCUGGGAAGCGCUGCCUCCCGGCUCCUGCCUCCUGCUUGGACCCACUAGCCCCGCCGCUGGCCGGCGGUCGGUCAGGAGGCACCGGGGUCCCGCAGGGCAGCCCUGACCCCGUACCUGGGCCACACCUGCAGCCGGGGCUCCGUCGGGCCGGGCGGAAGCGCGGCAGCGCAGGGCUGGGCAGGCCCGGGCGUGGCGGCCCCAGCGCACCUGGGCGAGCCGGCAGGUGGGAGCGUCGCGGCCCGGGGCCCCCGCCCUCGCUCGGGGGAGGAGCGGGCGGCGCGGGGCGGGCGCAGCGGGGGCCGGGGCGCUGGGAGCCCGUUGGGCCGCGAACGCAGCCGCCACGCCGGGGCAGCCGACAUCGGGUGCCCGGGAUGAGCCUCAUCCGGAAAAAGGGAUUCUACAAGCAGGACGUCAACAAGACCGCCUGGGAGCUGCCCAAGACCUACGUGUCUCCGACGCACGUCGGCAGCGGGGCCUAUGGCGCCGUGUGCUCGGCCAUCGACAAGCGGUCAGGGGAGAAGGUGGCCAUCAAGAAGCUGAGCCGGCCCUUUCAGUCCGAGAUCUUCGCCAAACGCGCCUACCGGGAGCUGCUGCUGCUGAAGCACAUGCAGCAUGAGAACGUCAUUGGGCUCCUGGAUGUCUUCACCCCAGCCUCCUCCCUGCGCAACUUCCAUGACUUCUACCUGGUGAUGCCCUUCAUGCAGACGGAUCUGCAGAAGAUCAUGGGGAUGGAGUUCAGUGAGGAGAAGAUCCAGUACCUGGUGUAUCAGAUGCUCAAAGGCCUUAAGUACAUCCACUCGGCUGGGGUCGUGCACAGGGACCUGAAGCCAGGCAACCUAGCUGUGAACGAGGACUGUGAACUGAAGAUCCUGGAUUUUGGGCUGGCGCGGCAUGCAGAUGCCGAGAUGACUGGCUACGUGGUGACCCGCUGGUACCGGGCCCCCGAGGUGAUCCUCAGCUGGAUGCACUACAACCAGACAGUGGACAUCUGGUCUGUGGGCUGUAUCAUGGCAGAGAUGCUGACAGGGAAAACUCUGUUCAAGGGGAAAGAUUACCUGGACCAGCUGACCCAGAUCCUGAAAGUGACCGGGGUGCCAGGCACGGAGUUUGUGCAGAAGCUGAACGACAAAGCGGCCAAAUCCUACAUCCAGUCCCUGCCACAGACCCCCAAGAAGGAUUUCACUCAGCUCUUCCCGCGGGCCAGCCCCCAGGCCACGGACCUGCUGGAGAAGAUGCUGGAGCUAGAUGUGGACAAGCGCCUGACAGCUGCGCAGGCCCUCACCCAUCCCUUCUUUGAACCCUUCCGGGACCCUGAGGAAGAGACGGAGGCCCAACAGCCAUUUGAUGAUUCCUUAGAACACGAGAAACUCACAGUGGAUGAAUGGAAGCGAAUUGGCUGACAAGAUUGCCAGGGAUUAGCAAGUCUGAAGUUUGUAGGACAGACCAGCUGGCUAGCAAUUCAGGUAAGAGUUGAUGUUGCAAUCUUGAAUCUGAAAUUCAUAGCGCAGGCCACGCAGACCGGAAACUCAGGCAAGAUCUCUAUGUUGUAGUCUUAAGUCAGAAUUCCUUUUUCUAGAAACCUCCCACUUUGCUCUUGAGGCCUUCUCCUGAUAGGUUGAGGCCCACCCUCAGUAGGGAGGGUAAUCUGCUUUGCUUACAACCAACUGAUUGUAAAUGCUAAUUCCAUCUACAAAAUUUCUUUGCAGCAACAUCUAGACUGUUUAACCAAAUAACUGGGCAUGUAAGCCUGCUUGUCACACUAUGCAUUUUGGAGCAGGCUGUUUUUCUCCUCUGAGCCUUAUUUUCCUUCUCCAAGAUGGAAUCUUGGAAGAGCUUAGCUCAUAGGACUAGUGAGGGCAAAGUGCAUACACAGAGUGCACAGUAAAUAUUAGCUAUUUUUACUAUUGUUGUGGUUGUAUCAGUGGGUACUCAAAAACACUUGUGGAUGAUGUUAAUACUCUUGGGAAUAUGGGACCUACAAAACAUGGCUGCUGCCCUCCAGUUUUUGGUUGGGUUGUGCAAGUAUAACACGAAACUAUGGAGGUGAACUGUGCUUAUUCCCAUCUGACUCUGUGGCCCAACAGACUGGUUCAGAGCCUUUAGUUCAUGUACAAACUCCCAAAGGAACAAAAUCUUCCAGAAUUCUUCACAUUCUUUUUUUGUGAAGGGAGGAAGAAAGUUUCUCCACUGGUUUCUUCAUUUUUGAGGGGAUUUGGAACAAUAUGUCAAAAAGAAUUAAAUUUCACUUCUUCAGCAGCCAUUUCACAUUUUUUAAGAACUGCAUAUUUAUGCCAGUAAACAACGAAGCAGGAACAAGAUGAUAGCUCCGUUUUCCUGGAAAUCAGGAAAUCAAUCAAGCUGUCUCAAACUGAGAUGUCUGCAUUGUGAAAUCCUGCUAACAUUCCAAAAAGCUGUUUUAAAUAAGAGUAAUUUUUAUAAAUGGAAAUUCUCUCCCUCUCUUUCUCCCCCCCUUACCCCUCUCCCUUCCUUCUUCCCUCCUUUCUUUUUUUAAACCAGUGUUGGCCACUGACUACUUCUGAUGUGUUCAGCCUAGGCAUCAAUUUUUAAAAAUAGGUGGGAUGGGAUAUGGGUUUCUUUGCUUCUCUCUCUGAGACCUUUCCAUUGUUUCUGCCCAAUUAAUUGGCAUCCAUCUCUGCCUGCCUAGGAGUCUGCUUGCCUUUGUCCACACCAGCCCUACCUGUUCCUAUCUUUUUUUUUUUUUUUU